AUGCUAGGCGCAGCAGCAUCCCGGCGCGCUGUUGCCAUUCCCAGGACCCUUGCACAUCGCCAUCAUCAACAUGCAUUCUCAUUCUCGACACGCUCAAUACCCUCCAUCCUCCGUUCACGACCGACUGGUGCUCCCACAUCCCUCCUACGAAGCGUUCAACCCACCACCAUCCAGACUCGUCCCAUCUCCUUCGCGCAGAGGAUGAAGCGCGGGUACCAGGAAGCCUCCCGUGGCAUUUGGCGCAAUAACCCCAUCCUCCUUCCCCUCGCCCUGCUCUCCGUCGCCACCGCAACUGCAAUCUUUAGCUACAUCGCCUACAAGGAAGCCACUGAAGUCGGCCCGCAAUACCACAAGUUCCCGCCACCGGUCGCGGAACGUCUCCGUACGGCAAUCUACUAUACCGAUGUAAAGCUGAACCCCGUUAAAGCCAUUGACGCAUACAGCGAGGCAAUCAAGUUAGCAACGGAACUGCACAUGCACCCCUACUCGGACGAAGUGAUGGGGAUCAGGUUGCAGGUGUCGAAGUGUCUGGAGAUGGCGGGGCUAGUGCCGGCUGCUAUUCAAGUCCUAGAGAAGACACGAGCGGAUGCAUAUCACUGGGUGAGGACAAGGAUGGAAACAGAGGCUUUCAAAAAUGGUGAAAGCGACUAUUUCUUCGCCCGCGGGCCCUCCGCGGAGAAAGGCGAACUGGCCGCUGGUCCAAUGAAAGUCGAUCCCGCCAUUGCAGAAACAUAUGAGAAGAUGAAAGAGGCGGAAAUCUAUGAAUAUGGACAGGUGGAGAAAACGCUCGCCAAGGUUGUGGGUAUGUCCAUAAAGCUUGCGGAACUAUAUAAGAGCGAUUAUAUCCAGGAUGACCAAAAGGCCGAAGAGGCCCUCGAAUUUGCCGUUCAACUAUCCCUCGGCGAAGUGCAACGUCGACACCAAGCCAAACUCCCCAUCGGCGGUGGCAACUGGAUGACUCUUACGGAGAUCGGAACCGCUCUAUCCGAGUUGGGCCAACACUAUGCCUCCCAGGGGAAGUUGGACCUUUCAUUGCCGUUGUAUCUGCGCGCCUUUGACCUCAUUAAUGCCAACGAAGGUGGAACGCCGUCCUGCAAGCAGGUCACCCUCAUGUACAAUAUCAGUGCUUGUAUCGGCAACCCAGCUUUAGAUGGUGUCUCGCCAUCGUCGGACCCGGGUGUUUCGCGUGCUGAGGCUAUCGAGGCGACACGCAAGUGGGCUCAGGGCGCGAUUGAGAGGGCUGCGAAGGUCGAACCCUCCGAAGAAUCUGUGGAGUGCGAUUACAGCUGUGCGGCGGCCAAGGUUAUGUUGGGACAAUUGGCGGUGUUUCAUAAUAAACCAGAGGAGGCACUGAAGUAUUAUUAUGAGGGCAAGGAUAUUUACGACCGCAUAGAAGCCCUUUCCGAUGCGGAGGAUGUCUCAAGGCUUAUUAAGGAUCUUGAAAAGAAGAAGAAAUGA